GCUCCGGACCAGGCUCCGCUACAGCUGGGUCACAGCCGGACAUAGUGCUGGAGUCAUGCUGAGGACCAACAGGACAGACUCUGUCCAACAGAGACACCUGAGACAGAACCAGGAGACAAGUCCGUCAUGCCCGGCAGCCAGACCCAGACCAGGUCCCGGACCAGAGACCGGAACAAUGUUCUGAACCGGCCCGAGUUCAUGUCCCUGAACCAGCCCCCCCGCAGGGAGCGGGUGGUGGGUGAGGGCCGGGGAGGAGGUCCGAGGAGAUCUGGGUUCAGGCAGCAGAGUCAACAGGAGGAGACGGGGGGGAGGGGACCCAGAGAGUCCUCCGAGGCUGGUGGGGGGGACGGUGGUCUGAAGGAGUCCCGCUGGCCGGACCAGGACUGCAUGCAGCUGAACCCGUCCCUCAGGGGCGUGGCCCUCAGCUCGCUGCUCGCCAUCGACCUCAGUCUGUCCAGGCGUCUGGGGGUCUGCGUGGGGCCCCCCCACGGCUCCGGGGCGCCGCUACGCUCCAUCGUGGCCCUGCUGGACCUCACGGGACAUGUCCUCCCCUGGAUCUGUGGGACACUCAUCUGUCUCUGGAGGAGCUGCACCCUGGAGGGACAAGAAGUCCUCGUCAACCUGCUGCUGGCGCUGAUCCUGGACCUGAUGACAGUUGCUGGGAUACAGAAGCUGGUGAGACGCCGAGGACCCUGGGACAUCCCCCCCGGCUUCCUGGACUACGUUGCCAUGGAUACGUCCUCUUUCCCAGCAGCCCACGCCAGCAGAGCCGCCAUGUUGUCCAUGUUCCUCCUGAGGCACCUGGUCCUGGCGGUGCCCCUGAGGAUCCUGGUCUACCUGUGGACCCCCCUGGUGGCCUUCUCCCGGGUUCUGCUGGGUAAACAUCACCUGUCUGACGUAGGAUGUGGACUCGCUCUCGGGUUCCUGCACUUCAGUCUGGUGGAGUCUGUGUGGUUGGACUCGGCUUCCUGCCAGACACUUAUCUCCAUCGGCACCCUGCGCUGGUCCCCGCUGAGCUAGGACCCCUCAGAACCCGUCUAGGCUGGUCCCCGCUGAGCUAGGACCCCUCAGAACCCGUCUAGGCUGGUUCAAACUGGUCCAGUCUGGACCGGUUGUGUUUCAAGUCUUACCGUGUUCCUCAGGAUGUGAAUGCUAACAUUAGCGUAGCUUUGUUUAAAUUCUUCAGCUGCUUUUGUCCAAUAAAAUGUUUCUACAGGUUCA